CACAUCGGGCCCUCGCCGUCUGUGACGCCUGCGGCGAGCAGCACGUUGUUAUAAUUGAAAUAAGAAGUACUACGGAUAAUGAUGAGGGAUGUCGCUAUCGAAGGACGGGGUUGCAAAUGAAUGCAUGGGAGCUGCUAGGGCGCAGAUUCAAGACCCUCGAGCUUGUCUACACCCAUGGAUCGCAGACACACGCCAACACAGGACACGCAGACGUCCAUCAGCUCUGCGGAACGACGCCGGGUUCGGUCCAUCAGCCAGCCUGGUCCGUCGUACGCACACACCUCCGGGCCUAGCAGGCCAAGUGAGAACCCCCCGUUGAUGGGAGCAGCGGCGGUACCCGACCCCCAUUUCGCGGACUCGUUUGACUUCGACUUCCUCUCUACAUUCGGCUCCUUUGGUGACCAGCAGGGUUCAGCGUCGACCCCAGCGCCGGCAUACGACGAAGCGGCGUUCCAGAGAGCCCUGCUCGCAUUCCAGCAACAAUCACCGUUUAACACCGCACUCUCCCAUUCCAUGCCGACACCCCCGCCUACGGUGCCUAGCAUGCCCAACCUACCGAGCAUGUCUAACAUGCCGAACGUACCCAACAUGCCCAAUCUACCCAACCUGGCCAAUAUGCCAAACAUGCCGGCACCUUCUACGCAGAACCCAACGCAGGCCUUCCUCGCCGCACUACCCUGGUUGCAGUUAAUGUACCAGAUGCAGCAGAAUCAGUACACCCAACCAAUGCAACAAGCGUCUCACCAAGUCCCAUUCAUGCAACAGCCGCAGCCGCAGCAUCAUCAGCAGCAAGCGGAGUCCCAGCCGCAGCCGCACGCCCAACCGCGCCGGACGACAUCCUCGCGACCAGAGUCUCCGUGGGACACAGCACCGAAUCCAUUUUCUCUACCCCAGCCCAAUCAGGCGGUAGAGUCUCCAGCGUCUUCUUCGGCGGGCGCGCCAUCCCCGCCACAGCAGGCGGAAGUGCCGGAGGACCCGGUAGCGAUUGCGGAGGACAAGCGGAGACGAAAUACGGCUGCUUCUGCGCGCUUCAGGAUCAAGAAGAAGCAAUGGUCGCUCAACCUCGAGCGCACAAUCUCGGACUUGUCCAGUCGCGUGCAGGAGCUCGAGGUGGAGGCGGCGGAGUUACGGCGGGAGAACGGGUGGCUGAAGGAGAUUGUCAUGCUGAAGAGCAAGCAGAACGCCCAGGCGGUUGCAGCGGGGGAGGCGGGGACCUCCGCGAGUGCGAGUAGUAGCCAGCCAGAUCUAACAGACCCGUCCGCGGGCGGGAACAGCGGGGGACCGAGUUCAUGAGCGUGGAGGCGGGAGGAAAAAGGACGGUGCUCGCGAUCUCUUCGUGCCGACGCUAUAUACUGUAUGCUAUCGAAUUCCGAAUUGCCUUCUCUCCGACUAGUCAAUUCGGAAUUCUCCUUA